AUGCGGUAUCCAUGUAUUAGCUUUCCAUUAUGUUUAAAAACAUUUGAUAAUGGAUAUGUUCUUCGUGCUCAUCUACUCGGAUGUGAACAUGCACAAGAAAAAUUACAAAAAGAAGCUGAUGUUCAGUUAGUAGAAUAUUCAAUUAAAUAUAAUUACGAUGUUACUGGUAUUAAAACGAACAAAUAUUAUCCGACAUAUGCAACUUUAGAUCAUUCAAAUAAAUUUUAUAUUAAAGAUAAAUAUCAAUUGUCACCUGUUACUGAUAGUCAAAUAACGCAUAAAACACAACGAAUACGGAAAGCGCCAGAUCCAGCACUAUGUCAUACGCAGACAAAGUCAAUAUCAAUGGAUUUUAGUGGCUAUUAUACGUAA